AUGGGCGCACCACGAAACGCCGUCUAUGCAGAGGAGAGUGCGGAGGUGGAAGUGUUAUAUGCGGACCUUGAAAAACUCAACACCCUGACGAAACGAGUCCAGGGCUCUCUAUCUCGACUAGAAGCCAGCGGAAAGGUAGUCAAGAAUGCGAUUGGCCCUAUAUACGGCAAUACUCAGGCUCUUCAGGCCACCACCACAAAUAUAGACAGAGUCAACGAGGCCAUCGAGCGGAUGCGCCGCCCGCUGGACGUAAAGGGACAGGAAGAGAGCAUUAUACGAGCUGGACCGCAAAAUGCCGGGUUACCCCAAUUCAUCGGUGCAUUGAAACGUAUCGACCUCGCACUCACGGACCUAAAUGCUACAAAACUCCGAUCAAACCAAAAGGCUGUCUCUGAGUUCAGCUCGCUGCUUAAUACCGGCAGUGGAAAGCUGCAGGAUCUGUUCAGAUCGGUAUUGAGGGGGGAAGCGAACACGAUCGAGCCACUCCACUACCUUACCAAACAGCUCUCUUUCCCUCUAUUAUCGCAGGAUGCAUUUUCCGACCUUGCUCCAGCCGCAGGCGCAAUUACAGCCGCCUCUAAACAUACCCCCCAACAGGGCCACAUCGAAAACCCAGCCAUCUCUAUUUAUGCCGAAAUUCGUGGCCCAUACCUAACGAACAGCUUGCAAAAUCUAGCCACUGCCUCCAUCAACACUGCAAAACGCAGGCCAGUCGAUGGACCCUAUAAACAAGGGACCAACGGAAUCGGCGUGUAUUCAAAUGUGAUAGAAGGGAUGUUUAUUGCCGAGUAUGAAAACAUCAUAAAAAUAUUCCCUCCAGACCAACAGGGAAAGGCUCUCCAAGCAACAUGUCGGCCCGCUCUGGCAGAAUUCUCCAAGACCAUGCGUGAGCUAAACAUGUAUAUCAAGUCGAACCUGAUCACCGAUUGCUUCCUUGCCUUUGAGAUAAUCGAUAUCGUCACCUCACUAUCAUACCGCCUGGAUUCUAAGACGGGAGACCUAAAGAAUCUAUUCUUCGAGGCUCUACGGCCCAUACGUGAGACGGCAAAGUCGUCUCUGACCGAGUUAUUGGAAGAAACAAAACGCAGGGCAGCGUCCCUCGUCACUCUACCUCAAGACGGCUCUCCAGUCCCACUGGUAAACGAAGUGAUGAGCUCCCUCUCAACACUAACCGCGUACUCUAAGCCUCUUGCCUCCAUCCUCACAUCCCUGGGUGACGGUAACUGGAAACCUUCCGCCGUACCCAACGCCGCUCCCCUGGACGUGGGACCAGACAGUUCCACGCUGCUCUCCCAUUUCAUCCUCGACAUGAUCGAAACGCUCUUAUCCUCCCUUGAGGCUCGCGCCCGAGCAGUGCACAAGAGCAAAUCAACCCUCGGCGUCUUCAUCGCUAACAACGUCCACAUCGUCGAUAGGGUCAUACGCAGCACACCCGAACUGUCAACUUGCCUCUCUUCUCCCGAAAACGCUAGUAGACUCGAAGUGUGGCGCAAAAAGGGCGUGUCGAUAUACCUCGAUGCCUGGCGUGAUCCGUCUUCGCAUCUGCUAGAUGUGCAAUAUACAAGCAGAGGCGGUGCCCGGCCUACUUCAGGCGGACCAGUCGAUUCAAGCGCUAUCGUCAAGUCACUCUCUUCCAAGGAUAGGGAUGUAAUCAAGGAUAAAUUCAAGGCCUUUAACUCCUCCUUUGACGAACUCGUUGCGAAGCACAAGUCGCUGAACAUGGAGAAGCCAGUGCGCACCUCGCUGUCCCGUGAGGUGCAGGCCGUCAUCGAGCCGCUGUAUGCCAGAUUCUGGGAUAGAUACCAUGAAAUUGACAAGGGGCGGGGGAAAUACGCCAAGUACGAUAAGGGAAGUCUGUCUGCUCAACUCUCGGCUCUAAGCUAG